AUUCGUCUGAGCUUCUUCUCAAUCGUCUUUAUCUCAUAUACUGAAAAUCUCUCUCUCUCUCUCUCUCUCUCUCUCUCUCUCUCUCAAUUCAGAUCCUCUGAACUGAAACAGUUUCUGCUUCUACCUCAUCCCAACUCCUUGUUCUCGGCCACCAAUUUUGGAGUUUUUUUUCUUCUUUGUUUGCUGAAUUUUGAACUGUUUCCGUGAUUUUCGAUCUAGGUUUCUAGUAAACAUUACUUGCUGUGUUUGAUUUUUCCCCAAUAAGAAAGAAAGAAGAACAAGAUGCAGAAGGAUCAACUCAAAAAGGAUAUUAAAGAGGUAAAGUUUUUCACCGAGUAUGGAGAUGCCAACAGAUACAAAAUUCUUGAAGUUAUUGGUAAGGGUAGUUACGGAGUUGUUUGUGCAGCAAUUGACACACACACUGGUGGAAAAGUUGCAAUCAAGAAGAUUCAUGAUGUUUUUGAACAUAACUGCGAUGCCAUUAGAAUCCUCAGGGAAGUCAAGUUGCUAAGACUUUUAAGACACCCUGAUAUUGUUGAGAUUAAGAGGAUUAUGUUGCCGCCUUCAAAGAGGGAGUUUAAAGAUAUUUAUGUUGUCUUUGAGCUCAUGGAGUCUGACCUACAUCAAGUCAUCAAAGCUAAUGAUGACUUGACCCGUGAACACCAACAGUUUUUUCUUUAUCAGAUGCUUCGUGCAUUGAAGUUUAUGCAUACAGCAAAUGUAUAUCACAGAGACCUUAAGCCGAAGAAUAUACUGGCAAAUGCAAACUGCAAACUCAAAGUCUGUGAUUUUGGACUUGCACGAGUUGCAUUCAAUGAUACCUCAACAACAACUUUUUGGACGGAUUAUGUUGCUACAAGAUGGUAUAGAGCCCCUGAAUUAUGCGGUUCUUUCUUUGCUAAGUACACGCCCGCAAUUGAUAUAUGGAGCAUUGGAUGCAUUUUUGCAGAAGUGCUGACAGGAAAGCCAUUGUUUCCUGGUAAAAGUAUCGUGCAUCAAUUAGAUUUGAUCACUGAUCUUCUUGGAACACCACCAUCUGAAAUUAUUGCAGGAGUUCGAAAUGAGAAGGCAAGGAAGUACUUGAUGGAUAUGAGGAAGAAACUUCCUGUGCCAUUUGAAAGAAAAUUUCCAAAUGCUGAUCCAUUGGCACUUCGGCUAUUGCAAAGGCUUUUGGCAUUCGAUCCAAAGGAUCGUCCGACAGCUCAAGAGGCACUAUCUGAUCCUUUCUUCAAGGGUUUGGCCAGAAUUGAGAGAGAACCUUCUUCUCAGCCAAUUUCAAGAAUGGAGUUUGAGUUUGAGAGAAGGCGGGUGUCAAAAGACGACAUUAAGGAACUAAUAUAUCGAGAAAUAUUGGAAUAUCAUCCACAGCUGCUUAAAGAUUACAAAAAUGGAACUGAAGGCACAAGCUUCAUGUACCCUAGUGCAAUAGACCAGUUCAGAAAGCAAUUUGCUUAUCUUGAAGAGAAUAAUGGUAAAUGUAGCCCGGUGAUUCCUCCAGCAAGGAAGCAUGUCUCCCUUCCAAGGUCCACUGUUCUUUCUAGUACAAUUCCUCCCAGUAUGCAACCAUUCAAAAUUUCUAGAGCAGCAGAAUCAAAUUCUUUAAGCCAAUCAAAGGGUUUACGACCUCCUCCAAGAGCGCCAGCAGCCAAACCAGGUAGAAGUAUAGGGCCUGUUCACUGUGACAAUGGGAGAAGCACAAAAGAUAAUUAUGAUGCAAGAAUCUUCUACCAGAAUACUGUUCCUCAAUCAAUCUCUCCACAUCCUUUCCAAAGGGUUGUACAGGCACAACAAAUUUACAAGGAUAAUUCACAAGGCAAACAUCAACUCUCACCACAGAAGCGUAGCGUGCCACCCAGACCAGCUAUCGAUCUUAAUACCAAUCCAUACCACCAGCAGGCCAAGAAUGAUCUUUUAAACAAUCCUGUCACCGUUAUUGACGCUAAAUUGUUGCAAGCACAAUCUCAAUUUGGUGCAGCUGGUGCUGCAGCAGUAGCUGUUGCUGCUCACAGGCAUUCUGCAGGCUUUCAAUAUGGAGUGUCAUAGAUUGGGAGCUCUCAAAGAGAGAUUUGCCACAAAUGCUUUGUGCCUAAGUUAGGAAGUUAAAAUUUAGUUGGGUUUAGUUUUUGUUUUCUACGUCUGCUUUCGUCUUGUCAUCCUUGUAAUUAAUUAUAUGUACAUCAUUUAAUUGAUUAAUAAAAAUAUUGAAUGUUCCUCUC